CUUGCUCAUUUCUUCUUACCCAUCCCCCAACUAGACAGAGAGCUAUCUCUUCCUUCCUCCAUCGACCGCCCCAGUCACAGUCACAGUCACAGUCAUAGAUCUAAAACCCUAACUCUCUCGUCGAAACCAUGCCUUCCGUGACCACUGAGACUAAGAUAGGGGUCUUCUGGGACGUAGAGGAUUGCAAACUCCCUGAUGGUCUGGAGCCUGAUUCGGUUACUUGGAAUAUCAAAUCAGCUCUACAGAGACAGGGUUAUAGUCUCAACAAUGUGUCAAUCAGAGCUUAUGGUGAGAAGCACAACAAGUCCAAGGAUGAGUUUCUCCUCGAUGAUAUCAUGUUCUUACCCGCUGGUGAUGCAAGUGGUAGACGUAAAAGGAUGGUGGCUGAUAUUGAUUCAUGGGCUUUGAACAAUCCUGGAUCGAACUUGAUGGUCAUCUGUCGAUGCAACAUGGAUUUCGCCACUUAUCUCAAAGAUUUGAAAGCUAGAGACUUUCACAUUCUAGGAGCAAAGCCAGAGAACGCGCCACGAAAUUGCAGCCAAUGCAGAAUCACUUUGGACGAGCUUUUCACUCAAGCAUGGCUUUGGGAAAGCUUAUCAUCAGAUGGAGGAGGAGACCCUAUCCCCAGAGCUUAGUUGGUUUAGUUUACCUAUGCUUUUGUUUAACUUGUUAGUUUUGUUUAACUUGUUAGUUAUUGGAAAUGUUUAAUCUCGUUUGUGUAUUCUCUCGCCAAUUACAAUACCGCAUCGCCUAUGUAAAAAAAAACCCAUUAAGUUUGAUUUCAACAUGUAUUAGAGACAUGUCUUCCCUAG